AUGAUGUUCACGGACAGGAGCUCGAGCACCUCUGUGCCCAAGAAGCCCCCGAAAAAGAAGACGCGGCCGCAGGGGCUGCCGUCACCGGCGCUGUGCUGCGCAUGUGGCCUCUGCAUCAUGCUGGCAGGCAUCAACAUCACGCUGGUGGGCGCCUUCGCGUUCGGCACGCUGCUGCCCGGCAGCAACCCCGCCAUCGUCAUCGGGCCUGUGCUGCUGCUGGUGGCCUUCACCUUCUUCGGCGCGUGCUGUGUGUGCAGCCGGCGCCCCCCCGCCCAAGGCUCACGCAAGCUCAAGGGGGGGGGCGGUGGUCUGGGGCUGACACGGACGGGCGGUGCCACCUUCGAGAUUGAGACCAGCGAGCACACUCUGCAGGACACCACCGCCGUGCAACUCAGCCCCACCAACUCACUGGGCUCGUCCCGCGCCUCCAGCCCCCCCCCCGAUGCCCUGAGCCUGGCCGCUGGCCCGGGACUCCCGGAGCUGACCCUGGACCCAAACCUCGCCCCCGACCCGCGGGCCUGCAAGCUCUUCACCAUGGAAGGCAACGGCCUCACCUCCGCCUGCUACUCCAGCUCCAUGGCUGGGGGGGGGUGCGUCCGGCUCAAUUUGCCAUGUGACCCAGCUGCCACCUAGCAGGGGGGUGGGGCACUCGGGACCAUGAUGCACCUGGGCCUGUGGACCUGCCAGCUACCCAUGGAAAUAUCUACAAGAAGCUUUCUGCGGCUGGCCCUCCAUGCCCACCAGCCCACAUGACGUUACAGGCUGUAGGCCACGCCCACAAAGCUCCACACCCUUUCUACCGGCCUCCCACCUGGCCGAAGUGGGGGUGGUUCAGAGCUGUAAGGAAAACACUGAGACCCCCAGCCGGUGGUCCAUCACCUCCACUCACCUCCUGAUAAGAUUCAGCUUUGGAGAAGUGCUGCCGCUCUGAAGCAGCUUCACAGCUUCACAGCUUCACAGCUUCGCAGAUCCCAGACGACACAGUCCAACCUGAUGCAGAGAUAAGGCCGCAACUGUUAAUAUGCAGAACAUUAUGCUCCAACUGAACGUGUGACACCUUUCCGAUACUAUGGUGGCGUUUUAUAAUCACUGUGUUUGCAGCUAUGUAACAUUUCUAUGGUCCAGUACAUGCACAUGCCUACUGCUCCCUAGUGCCAGACAGCUGUGGGCAGCUGAAUGUAAAGUAGCUUCUUCUACGGAUGUAUUUUCACUCAGAAUGACAGCCCGGACAUCAGUGAUCUCUUAAUAAUGAUAGAAACGUCUGAGGCUGCCAGUGGGCCUCCAUGUUUGUGUUCUGAGUCCGUAUGUGUUGGUUGCAAGACAUUCAUGGGGCUGUUCUGCCCCAGAUGGUCAUUAUUCAGUAUCAGGGCCUCCCCCCCCCAGUAAAUAUGGCCCCUAAUAGGAGAACAGACACUGACUGUUGAGAUCUGUAUGUUUUGCACAUAUACAGCAUAUUGGCUUCAGUCACCUGCUGCAGUUAUUCUGCAUUGCCGUCUUUACCGAUUGGGUUUAUUAAUCACCAUUUUUAGGUGGAAACGUCAUUAACCAUAAAGCUGAACUGCCAAACAAGUAACUGCCCUCCGAGUUAAAUACGCGGUAAUAAGAAGUGGCUGCGUGUGUAACCCGAGAUACGCAGCAUCACAGAGAGCAGCUCACAGCGACUCCUGUGAACCCAGACGCCAGAUCACAGGCGCGGGAGACGACCUGCGGGACCAGAGCCUGUGGCUCCACUGGGAGAGUCAGGGCUGGGAAAUAGCUGGUAAGGAGGCCCCCCCAUCCCGGCUCCCCAUCUGUCUGUCCCUAACGAGUCAGUUUUUCCCAAAGGAAGGAAUGGAACGAGUGAUAAGAUG